AUAGCCGAUAGUCUUAAGCCUGGUUUAUUAUGUCAGCAUCACAGUAUAGAGUGUUCACACAUUGUUUUCUUUUAAGCAAUUAUAUUCACGGUUUCCAUUUUUAAUGAUGAACCGGAUGUGUACUAGAUCGUUUUGGCCUCUGCUCCUAUUGAAGUAGAACUGAUUAAACUAUACGUUUGUUAGCAAACUAAGCAUAAUGCCACUACUAGCAACCCAACGAAUUAACGUUAACUGAUGGUUGAAUUUACCAGUGUGUUAUUAAUCAGCUUUAAACACAGUUUACUAGUUAUAUAACAUUUCCAUCAGCAAUACAGUUCGACACCGUGAACUUUAUUAUAGGUUGUUUUGUUUGCCAAAUAAUCUGUUACACUUCGAAAUUUCUACUUUUUUAUGAGCAAGCUAUAUUGAAAUUAUUAGCAUGUGAGCUAGCCGGGCAGAUCAUGUACUGUAGUCUGUCUGGCUAGGUGACUGGCUGAAACCAUACGUGUCUUGCUGAAAGCUUAUUCAUAUUUAACUUGAUGAAGAAGGUCAUUUUGUGUCAUUGGAAUCAUUUAAAGUACGGAAUGGGGUGGAAUUGUGGAAUGUUUAGUUAUGACUUAUGUGCCCUGUUUUGAAUCUGUUUACUAGCUUGCUACUCUUUUGUUUAUGCUGGCUAAUUUAUCCAGCUGUUGGUACAACUUAACGUCAGCGUGUCUAGUCUCGGUCUUGACUAUAGUAGCAUUGAGCUAGCUAAAUUAAUAGUAUAGAAAAGAAAAACACUAAUAAUUAACUCUAGUCUAGCUGCAGAUUAGCAAGCUAGUAAACGUUAAUGCAUACUGUACACCACUGUUCCACAAUUCCUCGUUGUCCCACGGUAAAGUUUGCUGUUUUAUUUUGUUUACGUCAAAAAUAGCUAGCUAACGUUAACCAUACCUCUUUAAUAGCCAAGUUAGCUAGUCUAGCGAACGUGUUUUCUACAUUGAUCACAUAACAUACGUUUUGUCUACUGUGUUUGUUUUCCUCCGAGCUAGCUAAUGGGUUUGGCAUUAUUCUUAACAUUUUAGAUGCAUUACGGUCACAUUUGGUAAGGAUUUGUAAAGGAAAAAAAGGAUAAACACGUAAGAACAAUCAAGCAUGGACCAUAUAAUGAAGGGUCAGUCGGGGUUUUCUUACUUUUCUUCUGUGGGUUUCGGAAUGGGUUUGAUUGGGAGGGUCAUGACUUCAGAUACGAUAGAGGGAAAGACUCAGUGCAGUCCUCUGUUCAUGUCUCUAACUAAUUGCAAACUAUCUAUGUCGUUAGAUAUAUCUGGGUAUAAGUGGGUUAUAUACUAAUUAACUGAGUUAACUUGGAUAGUUGUUUGGCUGGUCUUGUUCACCUCUGGAUUGAUACUGAGUAAAAAAUGCUGAUUGUUGCCAUGCACACUCAGUAAGACUGAAAAAUUAUGUGUGACUAUGCCAUUGAUUAAUGGCAUGGGAAUGGAAUUUUUGGGAAUUGCAUUAACGGGAUCUGUUUAACUGCAAGCCUCUUGCCUUUUCUGCAUUUUCAUUGCUUUCAUGAACAAUUCCAGUUCUUGAAAAUCCUGUGGCCUCAACGACAAAGAGGGAGGCCACAGGAAAUUUUCAUACGGUUCAAUUUCUACCUCGGACACUUGAAAAAAAGAUAAAAUUGUGAGAACUGGAAUUGUUCCAUUUUGCCUGAGUCGGUUUUGGUGGGAUGGAUCUUCAUUUUUUUGUUGCCAUUCUUUUAUGCCAUUUGACUAAUCAACUAUAUCAGUGCCAUGUUUUUAUGUGUCUGUCUAUUUAAUUUCCAGAAUAUGGUAUCGAGUUUCCGAGUGUCAGAGCUACAGGUAUUGUUGGGCUUUGCCGGACGGAACAAGAGCGGUCGCAAGCAUGAGCUGCUCCUGCGGGCCUUGCAUUUGCUAAAGAGCGGGUGCAGUCCGGCGGUGCAGAUCAAAAUCAAGGAGCUCUAUCGACGGCGCUACCCCCGAACUGUAGACAGUCUUCCCCACCUGUCCUCUCUCAAGCCCUCCGUCUUUUCCCUGGAAGGCAGCCCCCCCGCCCUGGACCCGGAGCUCGCGCUCGGCGCCCGGCAGCCGCGGGGCUCCCUCCCCGCGCCGCAGCACCUGGUGGUAGCGGCCCGCGGCUCAGCGCUGCUGCACGACGCCAAGCCCGGCAUGGACAUGCAGCAGUCGGCGGCCCCCGUCCCCCCCGUCCACCCCGACGUCCAGAUGAAGCCCCUCCCCUUCUACGACGUCCUGGACGUCCUGAUCAAGCCUUCGAGCCUGGGGGCCAGUAGUAUCCAGCGCUUUCAGGAGAAGCACUUCAUCUUCGCCCUGACCCCACAACAGGUCAGAGAAGUCUGCAUUUCCAGGGAUUUCCUCCCAGGUGGCAGAAGAGACUACAUGGUCCAGAUUCAGCUGAGGUUUUGCCUUGCAGAGACCAGUUGCCUUCAAGAAGACAAUUACCCCAACAGUUUGUGCAUUAAAGUGAACGGGAAGCUUUUCCCUCUGCCGGGUUAUGCUCCUCCUCCAAAGAACGGAGUGGAACAGAAGAGACCGGGCAGGCCUCUCAACAUCACUUCCCUGGUCAGGUUAUCCUCUGCUGUGCCCAAUCAGAUUUCAAUCACGUGGGCCCCUGAAAUUGGAAAGACGUACUCCAUUUCUGUGUACCUGGUGCGGCAGCUUACGUCUUCGCUGCUGCUGCAGAGGUUGAAAAUGAAGGGCAUCCGGAACCCCGAUCACUCAAGGGCACUAAUAAAAGAAAAGCUGACCGCAGACCCCGACAGUGAGGUAGCCACAACCAGUUUACGGGUCUCUCUUAUGUGUCCGCUGGGUAAAAUGCGGCUGACGGUGCCGUGUCGAGCGGCCACCUGCUCGCACCUCCAGUGCUUCGACGCGGCGCUCUACCUGCAGAUGAACGAGAAGAAGCCCACCUGGAUCUGCCCCGUCUGCGACAAGAAGGCCGCCUACGAGACGCUCAUCAUCGAUGGGCUCUUCAUGGAGAUCCUCAACAGCUGCUCGGACUUCGACGAGAUCAAGUUCCAAGAAGACGGGUCCUGGUGCUCCAUGAAACCCAAGAAGGAGGCCCUGAAGGUGUCGUCGCAUUGUAUCCCGAAAGUGGAAAGCUCCAGUCUGGUCAGACAGUGUGCCGUGGUGCCCCCCAGCGAGCCCAGCAGCGCCAAGAAGCCCGACAUCAUCGACCUCACUCUGGAGAGCUCUUCCGAGGAAGAGCCGGAGGAGGAAGACCCCCCACUCAAGAAGAGGUGCCUCUACAUGGCGAAGCCUGAGGAGAUUCAUGGGAAGGGGGUUUUGACCUACCAGCCAUCAACGAUGCGAGUGCCAAACAUCCAGACCUUGGACACGUCCUACCUAGCGUCCUCACUGGCCGAAUACGCAGUUCCAUUCCACCACUCUACCUUAUCCACAAUUCCUGCAGACAUGCAAAAUUUUUUCUCGUUAUUUCAAGGAGACCCACAGCAGCACUACCGCACACCGGUGUCUCUGGCCCCGCCCACCCUGCUGAGCCCCGCCUCCGGCGGAACCCUCAUGCCCGCCUCGAGCCAGUACGACGGCCCCGCCCACAGCACCAGCUCCUCCCACAGCGAGACCGGGGUCAUCACAGGAGGAUGCGGGACCAUCUCUGACAUCAUCUCCCUGGACUAAGCCACGCCCACGGAGCCUCCAACAGUUCACAGGGCUGUACGAAUAUGGGCAGUAUGCUAUCGGAACUCGGCUGUGCAUUUACCCCCUCGCAGCGGCGAAAGAUGGUUAUUUUAUAUUUAAAAAUAAUAAUUGUGUACAUUGCCUUUUCACUGAAAUGAAAUUUCCAGGAGUUGGGUAAAGGAGGACAGCCUGUGGCCUGUUGAAUGUUGAGCAGUUGUGUGUAAAUGUAUUUUGUUUCGACGGUCGGUUCCCAGAACGUGUGACGCAAGCACUCGGGGAGCCAGCUCAACUUUGACGUGAUAUUAACCGAUUAAUACGAUGCAACUUUCGUUUCUCUUUGUCUAGGCCAAGUCUGUUAUAUAGCAAUAAAAUGAGCUUCCCGGACACGCGUGGCACACACGUGUUGGGGGGGGAAAGGCCUCUCUGUCUGCCUGAGGUCAUCUGCGGAGAAAAGUUGUCGGUUGCUUGGAUUGUACCAGCAGUUCAGCUCUUUGCACUUAUAUGGUUUGUUUGUUUGUUUGUUUGUUUGUAAUGGGUAUUACCGCAUUGUGUCAGCAGUUAAUUUUAUAAAGGGACUUCAAGGACUGGACUUGUCUGUCCUCCAGUGGAUUAAACAUUUUCCCAGUUAAUAGAAA